UCUUACUAGCUAAAAUCGAGGACUAGGCGGUGUCUUAAAAGUCUCCACGUCCCUCGCUAGGCCCUUACACUGCCCCUCAGGCUACCGCACUUCAAGUAAAUUCAAAAUUGAGGUCCAGGUGGUCGUCAUCCCAGAAGUUGUGGGGGUUUCUCCUCGGAAGACCGCAGGGCGCCCCGUGAGUUAACCAGCGGUGAGAAGGCCCGGAACGUUUGUUACCCACUGAGGCCAGGCCUCGGAGAACCCGCAGAGGAAGGGACCGCGCGGCCCAGCCAGACGGGCGGAGAUGGCGGGGGAGUCGGCAGUCGCGCAGCCUGUGGAGCUGCGGCGUGAGAAGCAGCUGGUGUGCGUGGAGUACCCUGGUGCGGUGCGCGACGUGCCCAGGAUGCUGUCGACGCUGGGCGGCGAGGAGAGCAUCUCCCGGGUCUAUGCGGAUCCUUCCAAGAGGCUGGAACUGUACUUCCGGCCUAAGGACCCCUACUGCCACCCCGUGUGUGCCAACCGCUUCAGUACCAGCAGUCUGUUGCUCCGGAUCAGGAAGAAGACCUCGCAGAGGGGGGUGGUAGGGCCCAGAGCCCAGCCCAAGAUCACAUUUGACAUGGAGAUCCUUGGAGUGGUCUCCACUAUUUACAAAUUUCAAGGCAUGUCUGACUUCCAGUACUUGGCCAUGCACACGGAACCAGGUGGCAAGCACAUGUCAAUGUACAACAAAGUGCUCAUGCUUAAGCCGGAGAAGGAGAACUUCUUUCAACAAAACCUGCCACUCUUCAUCCCCCCGCCCAUCUUUUCUAGGCUAGAUACCCCAGUGGACUACUAUUACCGACCAGAGACCCAGCACCGGGAAGGCUACAACAACCCUUCCACCUCAGGUGACAACCUGAUCGGCUUGAGCAGGGCGCGGCGCCCCCACAAUGCUGUCUUUGUCAACUUUGAGGAUGAAGAGGUGCCGGCACAGCCACUAGAGGCCGCUGUGCAUACUUGGAAGAGGAUCUGCACCAACCCGGUAGACCAGAAGGCGGAGGAGGAACUGAGAAACCUGUUUGAGAUACGUCCUAUCUGGUCACGUAACGCUGUCAAGGCCAACCUCAGCAUCCACCCUGACAAGCUCAAGGUCUUACUGCCCUUCAUGGCCUAUUACAUGAUAACAGGUCCCUGGAGAAGCCUGUGGAUUCGGUUUGGAUAUGACCCCCGAAAAGACCCGGCUGCCAAAAUUUACCAAGUCCUUGAUUUCCGAAUUCGCUGUGGAAUGAAAUAUGGUUAUACCCCUGGUGACAUGCCUGUCAAGGCUAAGCGUAGCACCUACCACUACAGCCUCCCCAUCACUGUCAAGAAGACUUCCAGCCAGCUUGCCAACAUGCAUGACCUGAAGCAGGGCCUGGGCCCCUCAGGAACGGCUAACCCUCGGAAGUCAGUCUCCAACAAGUAUAAGCUCAAGGACUCGGUCUACAUCUUCCGGGGUGAUACCUUGCCUCCAUAUCGACAGAUGUUUUACCAGUUGUGUGACUUGAAUGUGGAAGAGCUGCAGAUGAUCGUUCAUCGCAAUGAUGGGACCGAGAGCCUCUGCACAGAGCGGGAUGGGUGGUGUCUCCCCAAGACUGGCAAUGAGCUGCGCAACACCAUGUCCCUCAUGAUCCGGCAGACCCUCCGCUCCAAGAGGCCUGCCCUUUUUAGUCCGACCAAAGCUGAUAGUGAAAAGGAACAGCUGGCCUACGAGUCUGGGGAAGAUGAGGAAGAUGAUGAAGAGGAGGAAGAGGACUUUAAGCCAUCGGAUGGAAGUGAGAAUGAGAUGGAGACAGAGAUUCUGGACUACGUGUGAUGUGACCUUUGGCUCCAGUGACACUGACAUCUCGUUUAAUGAGAGAGCUAGCACAAGCCAGGGCUGCCAGUUCUACCCAUACACCCUUUGGGGGCCCCCCGAAGAACAUUGGGACUUGACACUGAGUGCAGCUGUCCCUAUUCCUGCCUGUGACUUCCUGUCUGGUGCUGGUUAGGGAGCUUGGUGCUAUUUCUGCACAGCCAGGAGCCACCCCAGUGUCCGUGACCCAGCACCUCACUCAGACCAGAAAAGGUGAAGCUGGGAUGGAAGACAGUUUUAGGAUCCCGGACAGUGACUAGAGAGUGCCGGAGGCUGACCUUGGGAUUGAAUCCCAUCUGUUUUACAUUGGUGAAGACCAGGUCCAGUAGGCCUGUCAUUAAAGACGUUGAUUCCAUGAUG